GAAGAAGAACUUAGUUUUGUACACAACAUUGAGAAGUUUAACAGUUUGGAAAUUACUUUUAAUAAGUGAAUUUUAUAUAAUAUCACUCAUUUAAUAUCAUUAUACUGAUAAUAUGCAAUACAAUUAUUGUAUCUAAUUUGUGUGAGUGUUUUACAAAGCCUACAACAUCUUUUGUGACGUGACGGAACUCCUGUGAAGAAAUCCCCUACCCAUCGACCAACGCAAACACUAACAGAAGGGGGUUAAUAAGAAAAAAUGGCCACCAGCGAUAUCUCCAGCUCCAAUGAGCGCCACUAUUAUGCCAAGCUUGAAGCCAUCAAGGAUAUACGUGAUAAAACAAUUGCUUUAGAAAAAUUGAAAUUGAAAAUUAUCAAAGAAGUGAAAAUAAGUGAUGAUGAAGAAAAAUGUCUGGAUGAAUACCGUAAAGAAAUGGAACAUUUGUUGGAAGAAAAAAUGUCACAUGUCGAAGAGUUAAGGCAAAUACAUGCCGAUAUAAACGAUAUGGAAAAUAUUAUAAAACAAACAAAGGAAAAUCAAACACGUUCCGUUGACAUGGCAAAUCGGGUAUAUGAAGAUUAUCUGGCACUCAAAUAUCAAAUUGAUCAUAUGCGUCGCGACUAUUUAGGCUUAAGCCCUCUACGUGAUUUACAUGAAGAAGAAGGUAGUCCAAUAUCAAAAGAUCGUUUUCAAACAAACUUUUUAAAGGUGAGCGCCGCCGCUGCGGCUGCUGUUGCUGCUGCACAGCCUACAUCGUUGGCACGACCCCAUCCCCGACACCCACUUCUUCCGGAAGCUACCGUCACUGCAUUACCACCAACGGGCGGUGGUACUGGACCCACUGGUGGUCAUGCUUUUAUGCCACCCGCCCCACCCGGCACGGGCAAUGCUGUCGCUGCUGCUGCAGCAGUACGUUUGGGUAAAAGCGAUUUUUCUGCUCCACCGCCACCUCCUCCACCAUCAUCUCGCUUACAGCAGUCACCGGCUAUUGGUAUUGGGCAUCAUCCUUCAUUUCGUUCUGAUUUUAAUGUGAACCUACGUCAACAACCCCCACCUAUGAAGUCAUGUCUAUCUUGCCACCAACAAAUACAUCGUAACGCUCCCAUUUGCCCAUUAUGCAAAGCAAAGUCUCGCUCGCGUAAUCCGAAGAAACCGAAAAAGAAAAACAACUAAAUGUUUCACUAUGGAAAAUUUUUGCAAUAAGUAAAAAAUUGAGCUUCUCCAAUACAAUAAAAGUAGAU